GAGGCGCGUUCACGUGUCCUGGUUGUCUGGAGAUGUCUGCGACGUCUCCGCUCCGCCUUCGUCCUGCUGCUGAACGAGGAGGUGUAAACUUUUUUUUGUUUGUUUGUGUUAGUUUUGGGUGGUGAAAUGUAAGAUGAACUACCGUCCCUAAACUCGACCCUCGAACCAGUCGCUAUCCGGGUCGUCGCCAUGGAGACAGUAGUGAUUGUGGCCAUUGGGGUGCUGGCCACCAUCUUCCUGGCAUCCUUGGCCGCCCUGGUGGUGGUUUGCCGUCAUCGUUACUGCCACCCGCACCACUUGCUUCACCACUUUGAUUCCAAACCUACAGUGGACCUGAUUGGCGCCAUGGAGACGCAGAGCGAGUUGUCUGAGCUGGAACUGGACGACGUGGUCAUCACCAACCCGCAUAUUGAGGCCAUCCUGGAGAACGAGGACUGGAUCGAGGAUGCCUCCGGAUUGGUCUCUCACUGCAUCGCUAUCCUGAAGAUCUGUCACACGCUGACAGAGAAACUGGUUGCCCUGACGAUGGGCUCCGGGGCCAAAGUCAAAGCGCCGGCCAGCCUGAGCGACAUCAUCACUGUGGCAAAGCGCAUCAGCCCCAGGGUGGACGACGUGGUACGAUCCAUGUACCCGCCUUUGGAUCCAAUCCUGCUGGAUGCCAGAGCAACCGCUCUUCUCCUGUCGGUCAGCCACCUGGUCCUGGUCACCCGCAACGCCUGCCACAUGUCGGGCAGCCUGGAUUGGAUCGACCAAUCGCUGCAUGCGGCCGAGGACCACAUGGUGGUGCUGAGGGAGGCGGCCCUGGCCUCCGAGCCGGAGCGCGGAGUCCUCAACGGGUUUGAGGGCCAGAGGGAGCAUGCCAUCUAGACCACCACUGGAACUUUGAAUGCAGCACCAGCACAUAAGGCUUCAAACAUUCGUUCAAACCUUCAAUCUUGAUUGAAAUCCCAACCCUGUUUUGAAAUGCUACUUUGAAACACAAUCCUUUGCUUGAAACCCCAACGGUGACUUCAAAUCCCAUUUUGAAAACCUAAUUUAAACCCUUAACCCCAAUAAAGACCCAAUCCCAGUUUGAAACCCCAAUCCUGGCAUUAAAACCCUGAUUUGAAACCCCGAUCCUGUCUUGAAACCCUGAUCAUUGCUUCAAAUCUUAACCCUAAUUUGAAACCCUGAUCCUGUCUUGAAAUCCUGAUUUUCAAACCCCAAUCCUGCCUUAAAAACAUAUUUUAAAUCCUUCACCUCACCAAAACACUAAUGCUGAUUUGAAACUCUGAUCCUGUUUUAAAACCGUAAUCCAGUCUUGAAAUCCUGACAUGAAACUCAAAUUAUUGCUUCAAAUGAUGUGAAGCCCUAAUUUGCAAUCCCAUCCCUGUCCUGAACCACGAACUGGAAACCCUCAAUCUGGCUCAAAACCAAACUUCGAAACCUGUUUAAGUGUGACUAAAGUCCAGAUGUUUUUUGAUCCCUCAGCGACAGCCGCCUCCGCAGUACUCGAUCUAAACCUCAGCACUGUCUUGAGCAUGAGGGGGAGGCGCCGAGGAUGAAAAAAUCAAAGCAAAAGUCGAUGACGAAUGAUCGUUUCGUCUACUUUCUCAACAAAUUUGGUCAAAAUCCCAAAUCCAUGAAAGACUUCUCUCGAAGUGAUGGUAUAAAAUCCACUCUCACGCGGAGGAUUAGUCAAAUAAUCCAAUGAGCUGUGGUCUGUUUU